AUGGAGUUAGACAACGAAGCGAGUUCCGGCUCCAGCUCUCUAUCAAAUAUCCAGUCGCCAACAGGGUCAAGUGCCCUCUCGCACGAUUCUCUAGCAACCUCUGAGGACAACUUUUCCUCGUCAUCACAGCACAAGAGCGCUACCCGCGCGUUAGACGUCAGUGGUGAGGUCCAGCUGAGGGACAAUUUCCCAAUACCUCGAGAACUCCGGGAUAUCAUCUAUGGGCUGCUGCUUGAAGCCAGGCUUAACCGGCACGAAAAUCCGAAGCCGCACUAUCACUUGUCCCCGGCCAUCCUUCGAGUCAAUCGGACGCUCUACGAGGAAGCACGCGAGGUGCUUUACAAGGCCAACACCCUGAUAAUCGUUUCCUACCGAACGCACAUAUGGGAGGAUAAUCCCGCAUUCCUUCAGCUUCCGAUUAUCGCCAGCUCCAAACUCGGCGCUAUCAAGGACCACACCAUGCGCUUCCACUUGGAAUCACGGAAAUUAAAAUGCUUCUGCGGCAUGUGCGGAUCUGACGAGAAGGGUCCUCCAAAAUCGUUCCUGAUCGUAGCAGAAGAUUUCCCUGCAGUCUGCCGGCUGCUCCGAGUGCAGAACUUCCGUAUUGCUGGCAACGCCAACAUGAUCACGUCCGCAAGGAACGAGAAGUCUUUAAGGUGGGAGAAGGUCAAGGGGUCCGCCAGACUGCUGGUGAAAGUUGGAUUUCAGCAGACUUCCUACGGUGCUCCGUCUCUCGAGCUACAGAAGUCUUUGCUAAAUCAGCUAAGGUCUGCGGUCGGCAUCUCACACAAGGUCUCCAUCGCCGGCGCGGUUGACCCUCUCCUGGCUGCGGAGUGUUCGCAGGCCAUGAUGCCCAAAGUCGUCAUGGCGUAUGCAAUGGGCUGGGAUCUAUAUUCCCUCAUGAGGUCGCUGAAAGACGAAGCAGAUGCUCAUUACAUGGCUGAGAGACUCACGCAAGCAUUUGCCCUCUACGAGACUGUGGCAGAGCUUACGUCGACCCACAUCGUCCCGCCCUACUCUACCUUUGCGGACACCUGCGCCUGUAAAGACUGGCAGACUGGUAUUGACCGCUUGCAAUGGGACUCUCUUAUCAUGGCCUGUCUCGUAGGCCUCCGGAUCGGAUGUUGCCCUGAGCAGACCAUGGACUUUGUGAUGCUCGCUCUGGAAAUCUCGCAUGGAAACCCACGUUUACCGGCUUACGCUUACCUCUUGUCAACCCAUCUACUCGCCGUUGCCGAAGCAGAAGAGGGUGAUCUAGACCAUAGCCUCGAGCUUCUCCACCGCGUUGAUGCACUCCGAGCCGAGCAUCCGGGUUUAUACGACGACAACUGCCUCCAGGAUGACCUUGAAAUGGCCGAGGCGUACGUUGCAAAACUGGAAGAGCCAGAGGAAGAACCGGAAGAGGAAGAAGAACCGAGCAAUCCACCGUUCUGCUAUGCAAGUUCCAGCUUUGCCAUGUUGUUCGACGACGAUCCCAUUGACACCCCUUUCCGGGGCGAACCUCCGGAAGGCCUCGCUGGCUGGUUUGACACGCAUCAUCAACUGAGCAAGGAAGACAUGCAGCUCGUCGGAAUCAAAAACAGCGGUUGA